GAGACAUUCUCUCGCUUGCUUCUUGCUACCUCUUUUGGACUCGAUGAGAUUUGCAGGAUCCACUUUGUGGCUACCAUGACAACAGAGGCAAGUGCAGUGAGCGAGGCGGACACAGAGGGCAAGCAGAAGGCCAGCAGCGCCGAGCCCGAACCCGAACCAGAGGACAAGCAGAAGCCAGAGGCAGCAGCGUCCGAGCCAGAGGGGGAGCAGUCGAGCAAGAAGGCCCAGGAGCAGACCUCUGAGCCUGGGCCUGCCGAUGCAGCUACCUCCCCUGAGGAGGAGCAGCUGAAGCCUCGUACCCGCACCUCUGCUGGCAAAGGCCUGUCUCGUCUCUUCUCCAACUUCCUCAAACGCCGCUCACAGUGCUCCGAGGGAGAGGGGUUUGAGGCAGAAAAAGCCAAAGAGGAAAAGGCAGACAAAGAGGAAAAGGCUGAAAAGGAAGAAGAGGAGAAGGAGGCAGUGGUGAAAAGUGGAGAGGAGGCAGCUAAGUCAGAGGAAAAAGAAGUAAAAAAGGAGGAAGAAAAAGAACAAAAAGAGGAGAAAGCGAAAGAGGAAGAAAAGGUUGAGAAGAGGGGCAAUUCCAGGAGGUUGCUGCUCCAGGCCAAGAAAUAG